AUGAAGCACCAUCUCAUGGUCGGUACCUGGACUCCUCCAGGCCGCAUCUAUACUGUCGCAUUUGAUGAUGAGGCUCUUACCCUGGACUUGGUCAAGAAGACCGAUAUUCCAGAGGCUGAACCCAUCUCUUGGAUGACCUUCUCCCACGACAAAAAGACGAUUUACGGCGCGGCCAUGAAAAAGUGGAACAGUUUCGCCGUCAACAGCCCCACCGAUAUUGUUCACCAAGUCUCCCACCCAGUCGCUGGCCACCCCCUUGCCGCCAACGACGACACCAACACCCGCGCCAUCUUCGUUCUUGCCGCCCGUCAAGCCCCCUACGCUGUUUAUGGAAACCCUUUCUACAAAUAUGCUGGAUACGGCAAUGUCUUCUCGGUUGAGUCUGAUGGCCGUCUCGCCAAGAACAUCCAGAACUACGAGUACGAACCGAAUACCGGUAUCCACGGCAUGGUUUUUGACCCAACCGAGACCUACCUCUACUCUGCCGACCUGCAGGCGAACAAGAUCUGGACCCACCGCAAGGAUGCAACAACAGGCGAACUGACCUUGGUCGAUUGCAUUGAUGCCCCCUCGCCCGAUGAUCACCCCCGCUGGGUUGAGAUGCACCCAAGCGGAAAGUACUUGUACGUCCUGAUGGAGGCGGGUAACCGACUGGGAGUAUAUGUUAUCGAUGAAAAGCGCCAUGUACCUGUAUUCACGCAUAUCACCUACCCAUUGCUUCCUCCAGGCCUUCCGCCUCGCAACAAGUACCGCGGUGACGUCACUUUCACCACCCGCAGCGGCGAAUAUCUCUUUGCGACGACGCGCAGCAACCACUUCGAUGUCACAGGCUACAUCACGGCCUUCAAGCUAGGCCCGAAUGGUAACAUCGAACGGCAGCUAUUCAUCCACCCCACCUCGACCAGCGGUGGGCACUCGAAUGCAGUCAGCCCUUGUGAUUUCAGCGACGAAUGGCUGGCGCUGUGCGAUGACCAGCUAGGAUUCGUGGAGAUCUAUCGAUUCCGCGAUGAGAACUUGGCUCGUGUCGCACGGGUAGAUAUUCCUGAAAAGGGAUUCGGCAUGAACGCUAUUUGGUAUGAUUAA